GGAUGACAACUUAGUUGUUACUUUUCUUUAACUCAAUUUCUCAGUUUGGGUUUAUUAUGAUUAUUAUUUUUUGUGUAAGAGAUUCAGUGGGCUAGACUAUGGGGCAAUAUGGUAAACCUUAAAUCAUUUAUAACGCAAACGAAAUCAUAAAAUUAUAAUAUGUAAAAGGAAAGAAAUAUAUGACAACUAGCCCACUUCUAAUUUAACAACACUAGCUCGUGUGUGUGUGUGUGUGUGUUAUUGUUAAAUGAUGUUUGUCAUGAUUGAAUGAUAUAUGAUAUCGUCUAAUGAUUUUAUGAUAUAGUGCAGUUGAUCCUGAUUUACAGCUGAUGUAAGUACAGUACGGAAACGCUAGAGGUUUGCACGAACACCCGUCGAGGGGCGGGGCCUGUUUGCCAAGCCACGCCCCUGUCUCCGCAGGUCUGAGCAACAAGUCCCAAUUUCCCGUUGCACAGUGGUGAUCUGCGCUCGUGCGCUCGUGUUUGUGUGGUCAUAUGAUGGUUAUAAUCAUAUGUGAGUGAUGGAGAAACACACCCGCUUCGACUGUGAUGAAGUGACGGACUGGAGAUCGGUUUGAAGAAGAUGAUGACGGAGCUCAUUGAUCAGGCUGAUCUGGUGACCCCCACAGAGCUGACGGACCCUCAGAAGGAUCCCACACACUCCAGACAGAGUCUCAGGCUCCAGCUCAUUGAGGAUCUGUCGUAUGAGGAUGUGAAGAGAUGCUACAGGGGUUCAACCGUCAGCAAAUACAAUUCACAGUACCACAAACUCUUCUCGGCCGUCCCGAAGGAGGAGAUCCUCAUGAAGGUUUAUUCCUGCGCUCUUCUGCGGGACAUUCUGCUGCAGGGACGCCUCUACAUCUCUCCAAACUGGCUGUGUUUCUAUGCAAACCUGUUCGGGAAAGACAGCAAGGUGUUGAUGUUGUGUUUGCUGGCUCAGGUGUGUGUCCCGGUGGGCUCUGUGCAGCUGGUGAAGAAACACAAGACGGCUGGACUGGUUCCUAACGGACUGGUCAUCUCCACCGACAGAGGACAGAAGUAUGUGUUUGUGUCUCUGCUGUCACGAGACAGUGUGUACGACGUGCUGAGGAGAAUCUGCACACACCUACAGGUGAACGAUAAGAAGAGUUUAAGUCUGAAGCAGCUCCUGGAGGAACCCGGUUCUCUGUCGACGGAUGAGUCUCCAGUGUCUACUGAUUUCACGCCGGUGCUGAAGUGGCGCGGUAAACCGUCUGCACCCUCCGUGUCUUCAUCACUGACAGACCUGCGGGAGACCUCUACGAGCAGCCAGAGCACAGCACACACACCACUGGAGGAGAGACGCCUGGAGUCGGAGAAGAGUGAGUCUGAGCUGGGUCUCGUGGAGCAUCAUCUGCUCAAGUUCUUCAUUCUGCUCAUCAUUCUGCUCAUCUUUUCAUCGUGUUAUCUGACAUUUCGCGUCUGCAGUCUGGAACAACAGCUGUCUUUCCUCAACACACAGCCGGCAAUGAGUGUGAGAGAGAGCUUCUCUUUGGUAUGGAGUUAAGGCUGGAGAAACGACACAGGUUUGCCUGUUGAUCUCGAGUUGGUAAGAAUAUCUAGCCAUCACCAUACCGUCGUCACUACCAGUUUGCAAUUAUGUGCUAGCAAAGCCUUCAAAAUGGCUAGCAACCAUCUGAUGAUGGACAAUGCUAAUUCACGACAAGUGCACCAAGGUCGUUCUUUUAAAGUAAUCCUUGAAUUCAGAAGCCUUUAAUGAGAUGGGAUAAGGCCUUAGACUCUGGAAAUAAGGCAGACGAGUCUUUAUAUUCCCUUUUUUUUGAGA